UCCCAAAUGACCCGUUGUCUCGCCCAACCCCCACACUCCUCCCUUCUGCUUUUGCCUCUUAGCUAGCUAACGCUACCAGUCGCGAACUGCGUUUGACUAACCUUUAUCCAGCUACUUUGUGGAUUGAAAACACUGACCAAACAGCUAACUAUUGUGUAGAUAUGGCAGCAAUCCGUAAAAAACUUGUAAUAGUUGGAGAUGGAGCGUGCGGGAAGACGUGUCUACUUAUCGUCUUCAGCAAAGAUCAGUUCCCCGAAGUUUAUGUACCAACCGUCUUUGAAAACUAUGUUGCUGACAUAGAAGUAGACAGUAAACAGGUAGAGCUGGCUCUGUGGGAUACUGCUGGCCAGGAGGACUAUGACAGGCUGCGACCUCUCUCCUACCCAGACACUGAUGUCAUCCUUAUGUGCUUUUCUAUUGACAGUCCUGACAGUCUGGAAAACAUCCCAGAGAAAUGGACCCCAGAAGUUAAACACUUCUGUCCCAACGUUCCAAUAAUCCUUGUGGGCAACAAGAAGGACCUGCGGAAUGAUGAGCACACCCGUCGUGAGCUGGCAAAGAUGAAACAGGAGCCUGUGAAGCCAGAGGAAGGCCGGGACAUGGCCAACCGGAUCUGUGCGUUUGGCUACAUGGAAUGCUCUGCCAAAACCAAGGAUGGUGUGCGGGAGGUGUUUGAGAUGGCCACAAGGGCAGCGUUGCAGGCUAGACGGGGCAAGAGGAGCAAUAAAUGCCUCCUGCUGUAGACACAAGCGGACUGUAUAUCCUACAGCAAAGAGGAGUACAAGACACAAGCUGUGUCCUCUGCUGUUCAACCUGUAUGAAAAGACUGUGCUCAACUGAUUUUUUUUUUUCCAUUGAGAGAUACAAAUGCUUUUAUUUAGUCUGUCUUUU